AGGGGCAGGCCAGGUCUCGCCAUCUUUUAUAAACCCCUCUCUGACCCCUCCCCCUCUUCCCUCUUUUCUCAUUCAUCUCAUCACAGUCUCUCUUCCAAUAACGACAUUAUCACACAUCCUUCAUUCACCAUGGGUUGGUUCGAUGACGACAGUGACCAGGCUCGCCACUACGAGCAGUUCAACAACUACGACGGUAGCGAGGAGCACAAGGCCAAGUUCAGCCAUGAACUCAUUGCCGGUGCCGCCUCCUUCGAGGCCAUGAAGGCCUACAACGACCACUGCGAAAAGAACGGCAAGCCCCAGAACCACGAGACCGCCAAGGAGCUCCUGGCCGGUUUCGCCGGUGCCUUCAUCGACCGCGAGGUCGAGACCAAGGGUCUUGACUUUGUUGACCGGGAGCGGGCCAAGCACCACGCCCGUCAGCAGCUCGAGGAGGCCUCCUCUCGCGACUUCUACUAAGCGCCUUCGCGGGAUCCAGCUAUGAUUGUGUUUUUGUCCUAGCUCUGUCGAUAUAUAUACCAAUUUGAAUACCAAUAUACCACGUGCCAUCUGUUUCUUCUAUACGUCCCACCAUGAUAGGUACCUAAGAAAACAGGAAAGGAUCUAGAUAAAAUGCACCUCAUCCUUAUGAAUGCCCCCAUUCCGGACCAACUCAUCC